AUGGCGCUAAAUCCGACGCUAAUUCAAGGACAGGAGUUCCUAUUCCCUGCCAACAAAGGAUCAGAAUUCACAUACUUGCGAAGAGAAGAUGUUAAAAUGAAGCUCUACCUCCCUGACAGAACGAUAAAGGAAGACGGAAUGAUUUUCUUAACGAGUAUACGUUUGGUAUUCAUCAAGAGUGAGCGAAGCAGAACCAAUGCAAAUUUCAUAUCGGUAGAGUUUCCACUAAAUCUGAUAGAAAAACCUAAAUUUGAGCAACCCGUUUUUGGACUGAAUUAUCUGUCGGGUGUAGUGAAGCCAUUAGUGGAUCAUCCAAACAGUCUAAAUAGUCCCUGUAAAUGGAAUCUGGUUUUUCUGAAUGGACAAUGUAGUAGUUUCCUUAAUUAUUUUUUUAAAGUAUAUGAGGCAGCGAAGAGGAACAGACCAUUAGGAAGCCUGAGCGAAUUUAAUGAGCAAUUUUUUUCAAGUAGCAAUGCAUAUGUAGAUCCUAGUGAUCCCACCUUUUUAUAUAUAAACGAACCGAACCCAGAAAAUCUUUACAAUACACAAGGGAUGACACAAAAUCAUUACAUUUCCCAAAACAAUCAGAGCGGGCAGGAUGUACCAGUGUAUAAGAGGCCAUACGUUUCUCAACAUAGUAGUAAUAGCGGUACGAAUAGCAUGCAGUCUUAUAGUCAGCCCAAUUAUAUAGGAAGUUACGACUAUGGCAGUGGCAGAGCGCCAUAUGGGCACCAGCCGUACGGGACGAGUGGGCCUAACGGGUCAGUGUAUGGGAGCCAGAGUUAUGAAACCCCCAAUUACCAACACGCAAACAUGAACGUAAAUGGGAAUGCAAAUGUGAAUUCAAAUGUGAACGUAAAUGGAAAUGCAAACCCAAGUAGCAACUUAUUAUCUCACUACAAUCAGCAGGGUAACAGAAAUGCCUACCCCAGUCACGAAAAUACAAUGUCGCAUUAUAAUCAACAUAGUGGUUUUGUAAAUUAUAAUCAGCCUGAUAAUAGAAAUGUGUAUGAGCAAAACAAUGGUAACUCUGCACCCCAGGGCCAACGCGUACACCCACUGUAUAAUCAACCGAACAAUCAGCAAUACAAUCCUGCAUAUAAUGAGCAGCUUAGCAAUAUGCAUAAUCAGAACGGAGGCACUUCCACUUAUCCUUCGAAUCAACAGUCGGGAGAACGUAACGCAGGACAGACAAAUAACUAG